AAUUAUUUAAUCAUAAAUGGGGUAAUGUUCAUGUUAAGAAUAAAUUCCUAUCACAAGUGAGGUUCCUACAAUAAAUUUAUUUCAGAAACCAAUAAUGAUUAUAGAAGAAUAAGUUAAUAUAAAUUAGGCGACGCAUUCUUUAGAAGUGGACAAAGCUUUUUCUUAAGCAAAAACAAAGUAAAUGGAAGAUUCUCAAGAGUUGGAAUUACAUAGACCUAAAAAGACUGAGGCAUGGGAAACAUCAAAGUUAUUUGAAAGUAAUUCAGAAAAAGUUAAAGUAAAAAAGAAUUUUGAACAUUAUAGGAAUUAUUGAACAUAUUACCACCUUUAGAAUUAGAAGAUAGAGAAGGAUACUUUUUUGGAGUAUAUGAACUUAAAACUGGAUCCUUAUAUCAAGGUACCUGGAUUGAAGGAUUAAAAGAAGGAAAAGGUAAUAAUAACUAAUAAAUUUAGCUGCUUAGAUUAUGAAGAAUGGAGCAAUUUAUGAAGGCUAUUUUGUUAAAGGAAAAUCUAAUGGAAAAGGUAGAAUGAUAUAUCCAGAUGGAGAUUAUUAUAUCGGGGAUUGGUUAGAUGAUUAACGUAAUAAGUUUACUAAAUUUUAGUUCAUGGAUAUGGAGAAUAUUAUCAUUAUGAUGGAACCAAAUAUAAAGGAAAUUGGUAAUAUGAUUAAUAGAAUGGAUAUGGAGAGGAAUAUUUUAAAGAUUCUUCAAUUUUUAAAGGAUAAUUUAAAAAUGGUAAAAAAUUCGGAGAAGGCCUUUUUAAAUUUCCUGAUGGCUCUUAAUAUGAAGGAUAAUUUUAAAAUAAUGAAUUUUCAGGGAAGGGGUAAACUUAUAUUAAUAUAUUGUCUAUAGUAAAUACACUUGGGUAAAUACUAAAGUAUAUAUUGGUUAAUGGGAAGCUAGUAAAAUGAAUGGAUAAGGCAUUAUGAUAUGGUAAGAUGGAACUCGUUAUGAAGGAUCUUACUUUAAUGAUAAAAAACAUGGAUUCGGUACUAUUACAUGGCGUAUCUUUAUUUUUUUAUUUAUUAGCUGAUUCUCGAUGCUACUCAGGUCAGUGGCUAAAUGGGAAAAUGCAUGGUAUUGGAGAUUAUACCAGUUCGACUGGAUAAAAAUUGAAAGGAGAAUGGAUGAAUGGUAAAAGACUCAAAUGGAUUUGA